AUGACCCUUCAAACAGUUGUUGCCACAUCUCACACUUCUCUAAUCCAGCCAGGGUUCUCCUUGCUUCGGUUUGGUCGUCAUGUCUACUUCUUUGGUCAAAAAGGUUGGCCAAAGAGAGUAUGUCCAACAGGCAUGUUUCUGGUGGACUUGAAAAAAGAUGAGUUGAAACUACGACCUACUACAUUCACCAAUGAAUCUUGUUACCUCCCUCCGUUGAGACACCCAGCUGUGACCAGCUUGCCUGACAGCCCCGGAGGUGAAGUCAGUCAAUAUCUCAUCCAUGGUGGAAAGACACCAAAUAAUGAACUAUCCCAAAAACUGUACGCCGUAUCUAUUGUGUCAUUGGCCAACAAGAAAUCAGUACUUUGCUGUUCAGAAAAAGAUUUGGUUGGUGACAUUCCUGAAGCAAGGUAUGGUCAUUCCAUAAAUGUCGUUCACAGCAGAGGCAAAACUGCUGUGGUACUGUUUGGUGGAAGAUCUUUCAUACCUUUGAAUCAAAGGACUACAGAAAAAUGGAACAGCGUCACUGACUGUCAGCCAUUAGUUUAUCUUAUUGAUCUUCAAUUUGGCUGUUCUACCGCAUACACCAUCAAAGAGAUACAAGAUGGGUGCUCUUUUCAUGUUUCAGCAUCAAGAAAUGAUACAGUCUACAUAAUAGGUGGUCAUACGCUUGAAAGUAAUAUAAGGUCUCCAGACGUCUACAAGAUUAAAGUGGACCUCCCGCUCGGAAGUCCAGCUAUAACGUGUACAGUUUUACAAAGUCAUCUCUCUGUCUCAAGUGCUAUUGUGACUCAUACCUGCCCAGAUGAGUUCCUGAUUGUUGGUGGAUAUGAGUCCGACAGCCAGAAAAGAAUGACCUGUAACAAAGUCUCCAUAAGCAAUGACUCCAUCGACAUCCAAGAAGUGGAGACACCUGACUGGACAGGAGAUAUUAAGCAUAGCAAGACAUGGUUUGGUGCUGAUAUGGGACAUGGAGUUGUUCUUUUUGGAAUUCCAGGAGACAAUAAGAAUCAGAAUUCAGACAAUAACUUUUUCUUUUACAUGCUGAACCUUGGUAGAGAAGAAGAUUUGAUGCAGUCGUGCAGCCAAGGGUCUUUGGAAGAACAAGAAGACUCAAUGCCUCUAGAAGACUCAGAAGAGUUCACCUUCAGUGGAGAUGGAGCCUUUGAUGUUGAUGCCUACAAUGAAGAUGAUGAAGAAGACGAAUCAAUUGCAGGUUACUGGAUCACAUGCUGUGAUGACUGUGAUCUGAGCGAAAACACUUGGGUCCCAUAUUAUUCCACAGAACUCAACAAACCAGCCAUGAUCUACUGCUCCAGUGAUGGAGGACAUUGGGUCCAUGCCCAGUGUAUGGAUCUCUCAGAAAGCAUGCUUAUCUAUCUGUCUGAAAACAACAUCAAGUAUUUCUGCAAUGACCAUGCUAAAUUGGAAAGAGGUCUGCAAACUCCCAAAAAGAUGGUCCCUGUCUUGAAGCCUUCAAUGAAGAAAGUAGGUCGAAAAGCAUCUAUCAACAGAAUGUCAGCAGCGAAGAAGUCUUUCCUCAGACGCUUGUUUGACUAA